AUGCGCGCGCACCAUCACGUCGCCCCAGUCGGCAUGCACUGUACGUCGUCCCUACCGGCGAUCUCGACCUCGAUCUUUAUUUUAUUUCUUCUACCGGGCAGGCAAUGUAAUACUACGAGCUGCGAGUCUGGCUCCUUUGUCGAAACUGCCACUCUUCGGAGCGUCUGCGGACUGCAGGACGAGCACCGCGCUCUGCUGGAUCUGGAUUCUGGCGGCGCACUCGUCGGGGCGUGCCCUAAUCUCUACUUGGUUCAGCUCAGCUCCUACACCGCGGUCUUCUGGGCAUCUCGAGGCGACGCGCCUAGUCUGUCCCGCCGCGUUACGAACCCACCCGCCAGCUCGGGCGGAGGGCACCCAGGCGGCAUGGACCUCCGUCCUACAUCCCAGACCGCCCGCUCGCCCGCUCUGGCCAGAGGGACUGGAAUAUACGCACUACGGACGACGGCAACACGUCCUCGCACCUUUCGCCGAGACCGUGGACUGCACACGAGGGGCAGCCUGAGAUUCUGCGCCUGCAUCACCUACAUUCGCUUCGUCUUGCGUCGGCGGGCCAUGUUCGCACCACUGCUGCGCCCCCUGCACGUCCUCUCCCCGAGCACACUCUGCAGAGCAGCUCUCUCCUACCCGCGCUGGUGCUUCUCUGCCUCCUCACUGCCUACCUGCCUCCCCACGCCCCCUCCCACCCCCCCACUACACGAACCCGCCAUCCCAAAAUCCGCCCCCUCUCAGUGGGCCGUCUCCAUCCCCCUCCGCCUCCUCCACCACAUCGUCCGCCUCCCGCGCACGCUCCACAGGCUCUACGCGGCGCUCCCCUCCCCGCGCCCGUCCCCGCUGUACCUGGUCGCCCUCGCGCUCACGCUCCUCGCGCUCCUCGCGCUCCUCACGCUCCUGCUGCUCCUCCUCGCGCUCCUCCUCGCACUCACCCUCGCCAUCCUCGCGCUCCUCGCGCUCCUCCUACCCCCCGCGACCCUCCGCGCCCUCGCAGCACGCCUAUGGACCCUCGCACCGUCCCCUUCCUCCCUCUCCCUCUCGCCGUCCCUGCGCACAGGCCUCGGCCUCGGCCUCAAAUUCGGCAUCCGCCCCGCCCUCGAUGCGGGCCUCGCACUGGGCAAGACCGCCGCGCUGCACGCGCUCCCCGGCGUCUUCGCGCGGGCGGCGCGCACCCCGGCGGCGCACGUGCUCGUGCACGCGCCGCCGACGCCCCCGCCGACGCGCGUGCUCGUGCACGUGCACGCGCCUGCGCCUGCGAGCGCGCAGGCCGCGGGGACGGGGACGGGGACGGGAGCGGAGUUGACGCAGGCGCUACUUGGGGUGGGGCCGCCGCCGCCACGGGCGCGCGAGCUGCGGCGGAGCCGGAGCUGGUUCAAGUGA